AUGGUCGCUUUGCUAGAGUCCUUCCAGCAAGCACUAGACCAGAGAGAAGCAAAAUUGGCACGUCGAAGACUGACCAUUCUGUCGCCUGGUGCUGCUGACUUUUCGUCGAAUGAUUUUUUGUCUCUUUCAACUUCGUCGCUAUUGAAGUCAAGAUACCUGCGAAAACUAGACGCCUGUUUUUCGUCGCGCAAAGCCGUCGGUCUGGGAAGUGGUGGUUCUCGCUUGCUGGAUGGCAAUUCUUCGUUCACAGAAGAACUGGAACAAUUCAUCGCCUCGUUUCACGACGCCCCGGACGGGUUGCUAUUCAAUUCGGGCUUCGAUGCCAAUGUCGGGGUUUUCUCAUGUAUCCCGCAACCAGGGGAUGCCAUUGUACACGACGAGCUGAUCCAUGCAAGCGUGCGCGAGGGUAUGCGCCUUUCUCGUGCCAAAACGAAACUGCAAUUCAAACACAACUCGAUCAAUGACCUGAACAGAGUUCUCCAACGUCUAGUCAAGGAAGAUCCAUCAAUCUCCGAGGGUAACCGUAAUGUAUUCAUUGCCGUCGAGUCACUCUACAGCAUGGACGGAGACGUGGCUCCUUUGAAGGAAAUCAUCCAGACGAUGCACAAGCUCUUUGCCCACGGAAAUGCAUAUCUAAUCGUCGACGAAGCCCACGCGACCGGGGUAUUCGGACCCAAUGGGGCUGGUGUUGUCCAGGAUCUGGGUGUUCAGAAAGACGUCUUUCUGCGAACACAUACCUUUGGGAAAGCAUUAGCCAGUCAGGGCGCCAUUGUUUUGUGCACGACACUGACGCGAGAGUAUCUGAUCAACUAUGCACGCACUCUGAUAUACACCACCGCCAUGGCGAGUCCAACGCUAGUCGCGAUCCGCGUUGCCUAUGAGCUGAUGCAGCAAGGCAAGACGCAGCCAUUUCAACAGAACCUGCAAUCCAACAUCUCAUAUCUGCGGGCAUGCUGCGAUGCUAUCGAUGGCAUCGAUCGAUCCAUUGUUCGCAUCGACCAUCAUGACCGGUCGCCGAUAUUCUCCAUCCGCACAAAAUACCCACGAGAACUGGCUCGGUAUUGCCAGCAGCGCGGUCUCAUAGUACGGGCGAUAAUGGCGCCAACAGUUCCUCUGGGAAAGGAGCGAGUGCGCGUUUGUUUGCACGCGGGCAACACCAGGCACGAGAUAGACCAGCUGGUGGGCGCGAUCAAGAAAUGGGCGGAGGACUUGAAGAUGGGGAGUCCGAAGCUAUGA